GCGCAUUUUAACAAGUUCGCACGCAUAGGCAUCAUCAGUUGAACAAGAAGUCACAGCGUAACGCCACGGUAAACCAAGGACUUUCCCGCAUCCUUCACCAAAAUUCUGCCUGCAGUUUUUGCCACUUCCAAUGUGCAACCCCUACCCUAGUUAGUCUUCUAAACCCAGUAUAAAAGGGGAAAGAUUCAAUCUUGGCAUCCAAAUUCCAGAAAAACCACCAAGGAAGAGUUCAAGAAGAAGAAAAGAGAGAUGGGAAUGUUUGAUUUGGAAGAACAGUUUGCUUUCUAUGGAGCUUAUCACAGCAACCCUGUAAACAUAUUGUUCCACAUGAUGUUCGUAUGGCCAAUUGCCUUCACAGCUUUGCUUCUUUUAUAUUUCACGCCGCCGCUGUUCGGGGCCUCCCCGAUUGAGUUGUGGGAUCAGAGUUUCUUGGUCUUGAAUUAUGGGUUCUUGUUCACUGUGAUUUAUGCCUUGUAUUACGUGAGUCUGGAUAGGAAAGCUGGUUCUUUGGCUGCUCUGUUGUUCUUUAUGUGCUGGGUUGGGAGCAGCGCUCUUGGCCAUCGCCUUGGCUUUUCUUUGGGUUGGAAGGUUGCUCUGGCAUCUCAGUUACUAUGCUGGACUGGGCAGUUCAUAGGCCACGGUGUUUUCGAGAAACGGGCGCCUGCUCUUUUGGACAACCUUGCUCAAGCAUUCCUUAUGGCACCGUACUUCGUACUGCUCGAGCUUCUUCAGUCUGCCUUCGGGUACGAGCCGUACCCUGGGUUUCAUGCUAGCGUAAAAGCGAAAAUCGAUGCUGAAAUCAAAGCUUGGAAAGACAAGAAACAGAAGAAAAAUUCUUAGACUCGUUCACAAGCAUCCUACCCAACCGUUGCCACCUUGGUUUUCCUCGGUGUGUUACAUGCACAGAUGAGGAUAUAUAUGUAUGUAUUUAUGUAUGUAUGUAUACAUAUGCUUAUAUUUCCUCGGAUACUAUACUUACAAUAAAUAACGUAAUAAAUCAGACUACAUGGUUCGUCUGGUCUUGUCAAAGUUUCUCGUACCAUGAGUUCAUUUGUGUCAUCGCCAUGCAUUGUCCCAGCUUCUGAUAUUAAGUCCUCUGUGACUAAGGUUCUUAA